AUGGCAGACCUUCAGGGUCGAAAAGUAUUUAAGGUCUUCAACCAGGAAUUCAUUGUUGACGAACGAUACAAUGUCACAAAGGAGCUAGGGCAGGGCGCUUAUGGCAUCGUCUGCGCCGCCACAAACCAACAGACGAACGAGGGGGUUGCAAUCAAGAAGGUCACCAAUGUCUUCAGCAAGAAGAUUCUCGCCAAGCGCGCGCUCAGAGAGAUCAAGUUGUUACAGCACUUCAGAGGUAUGGCCUUGAUAACGUGCCUCUACGACAUGGAUAUCCCGAGACCAGACAACUUCAACGAGUGCUACCUAUACGAAGAGCUCAUGGAAUGCGAUUUGGCCGCGAUCAUCAGGUCAGGGCAGCCCUUGACCGACGCGCACUUCCAGUCCUUCAUUUAUCAGAUCCUCUGUGGAUUGAAAUACAUCCACUCCGCGAACGUGCUGCACCGUGACUUGAAGCCCGGCAACUUGCUCGUCAACGCCGACUGCGAGCUCAAGAUCUGCGACUUCGGUCUCGCGCGAGGCUUCUCCAUGGAUCCGGAGGAGAACGCAGGAUACAUGACCGAGUACGUCGCUACUCGAUGGUACCGCGCGCCCGAGAUCAUGCUCAGCUUCCAGAGCUACACCAAAGCCAUCGACGUCUGGUCCGUCGGCUGCAUCCUCGCCGAGCUGCUCGGCGGCAAGCCCUUCUUCAAAGGCCGGGACUACGUCGACCAGCUGAACCAAAUCCUGCACUACCUCGGGACUCCCAACGAGGAGACCCUCUCCCGCAUCGGCUCGCCCCGCGCGCAGGAAUACGUACGCAACCUGCCCUACAUGCAAAAAGUCUCCUUCACGUCCCUCUUCCGAUCCGCCAACCCCGACGCGCUCGACCUCCUCGACCGCAUGCUGGCCUUCGACCCCAGCUCGCGCAUCUCCGUCGAAGAGGCGCUCGAGCACCGCUACCUGCAGAUCUGGCACGACGCCUCGGACGAGCCGGCCUGCCCGACGACCUUCGACUUCCACUUCGAGGUCGUCGAGGACAUUGGCGAGAUGAAGAAGAUGAUUCUCGCCGAGGUGCACAGGUUCCGGCAGAUGGUGAGGGCGCAGCCCGUACAGGCGCAGGGCAUGCCGGGCAGCCAGCAGCAGAAUGUCCCCAUUCCGGAUCAUUAUGAUCCCAGGGCGCCCGAGGACCCGCGGCCGCAUGAGGCGUUUUCGGGACAGUAUGCGAUGGGCGCGUUGGAGCAGGAGUUGCAGGGGGGUUUGGAUGCGAAGAUGCAGCAGUAG